AAAAGGAAGGGUUGUAAGAGACCGAUCUAUUGCUUUCUUGCCUCCUUGUCCUGCUAUUUCAACCCCCCAUUUUACCAUAUAAAUCUCUGCAUACUCGCGCAUGCGCGUUACGCAAUCUACCGGAUAGCGAGGUAGGGGAGCUGUACUAAUGGCGGAGAACGUACGGUCGCCUUUUGAGUACCGGGAGCCACCGACCCUCGACAGCGACGGGGAUGGGAGCAAACCGCCUUUGCCGCCCCGGGGGAGGGGGUGUGUCAGGAAAAGGAAGGGUACCCCUGUGAAGGUGUGUGACCGGGCCUACGUGACAGAGGAUGAAGAGGAGGAGGAAGAGGAGAGUCUGUCUGAACACAGCUACAGUCCAGGUGAUGGACAGUACCCGGACGGAGCGGAGGACAGACUGCCUCCGACCGGAAGCCCUUACUACCUCGCCGACCCCUCCCAGCUCUGUGUGUCGGAGCUGGGCGAGGAGGGGGCGAGUGGGGUCCGGGGGCCAGUGCUCUUCCACCCCCCGCCCAACUGUAGGAUCCGAGAGGUGCACUGCGGGAGUCAGGUGCGGCUGGUCGUCAUAGCGAUUCGAGACAUCGCCAAAGGGGAGGAGAUCACAGUGGACUACAGCCUGAUGGACUGGGGAGAGAACGCCAUGGAUGAAGAGCCUGGCCCCCACCCGCUGUCUCUCUCCGACUACCUCACCCCCUCCUGGUCCCUCUCCCCCUCCUCCUCCCCGCUAACCCACACUGAGCCCAGCGAUUCGGACCGAGAGGAGGAGGAGGAAGACGACGAUGACGACGAAGAAGAAGAGAUGGAGGAGUUGAGGGGCCGCAUGCUCCGCCGCCGAAAGAAGCGCAAAAUAGCCACCCCCCCCGUCACCGCCAAGAAGAAGAGUGUCGCCACCCCCAGGGCCGGACCCGGGCGCCCCUGCUCAUCCUCCUUCUCCCGGCUGGCUGCCUCCUCGACCCCGACCGUGGCCCAGACCCCGUCUCAGCCCGCCACCCCACUGGCGCCCCCCACCACCAACAUCAACAACAACAUCAACAUAAACAUCGGCAGCUCCAGCGGGGCCACUGUCAGCCGACGGCAGCACUGCCCCUAUUGCGGCCGCCACUACCGCUCUCUGGCACGCCACCUGGAGAAACACCAUGCCAACCAGCCAGAGGUCAGGGCUGCCAUGGAGCUGUCCGCACUCCACACACACCCUUCCUCCUCUACCUCCUCCUCGCACGGCCACAUCUUCGCCUCCCCUCAGCCUUCCUCUUCCUCUACUCCCGCCCCUCCCCCUCUUUUCUCCAGGGAGAGAGAGAGGGAUGCGGUGGCCGCUCGAAGUUCCUCGGGGGCGGUCUCCUUUUCACUCUCGCUCUCCCCGCCCUCGGCUUCUCAGUCGGCCGCGGCCAAAAAAGCCUCCAACGUAUCGGUUCAGACGCCCAAGCCAGGCUCCGCCCCUGCGGUGGCCCCGGUGAAAAGUCCUCCAACAUCCACGCCACCCAGGAGGGGCCGCAAGCCGAAGAGAGAGAAGGAGGAGCAGCAGAAAGCGGAGGAGUCCAUCAGGAGCAAAGAGGAAGAGAUACCUCCACCUCCUACCCCCAAGCCGGAGGAAGAAGAGCUGGAUGAGGAGCUGAGUGGAGCGGGGACCGUAGAGAGUCCUGGGGACUGGAGUACACAGCUGGCUAGCUCCCACAGACAACACAUGCCCCCUCUCCUCUCUUCCCUCUCCUGCCUGGUGCUCUACCUGAGCCGGCAGCAGCACUCUUCCUUCUUGUCUCUCACUCGCUCCCCCAGUUCGGCUGAGGCCUGGCGCCUCCUCUGCCAUUCCAGCCUGGCGCUGCUCAUCCUCUACAACCGCCACCGAGAGUGUGAAGUGGCCAAGCUCACCACCCAGGACUACCACAACCGCACCACCCCCCAAAGCCCCACCCUGACCCAGGCUAACUCGGCCAACACCCCCCCGACAGGCAUGGAGGCCAUCCUCUCCCCCUUCGAGCAUCAGGUCCUCUGCCACCUCCCCCGGGCAGGUGUGCUGGGCAAGCGGGGGCGCAUCCAGCCCCUCAUCCUGCCCCCGCACUGCGAGUCCUGCCUGGAGCUGCUCCUUCAGACCUCCUCCAACGUGGGCGUCGACCCCCACAGCCCCUACGUCUUCUCCCGGCCCUUCCACUCGCCCGCCACGCCGCUCCGGGGCACCGACCUACUGCGCAACCUGGCGCGGGCCAGCGGCGCCAAGAACCCCCGGGCGUUGACCCAGACACGGGCGCGCCAGCAGGUAGCCAUUCUCACCCAGCUACUGCUCCUGGAGGAAGGCGAGGGGCAGGGCCAGCCGGGCGGGGCUGCCGCCAAGCGCCUGGAAGACUUCCUGCAGAGGGAGUACCACGUGACCCAGAGCUGCGCCACGAUAGGCCGAGACCCGGCGCUGAUGGGCCGUGUGGGCAGGGUGGUGAUCUAUGGGGAAAAGGAGGGGGUCCUCUUCAGAGGGAUGAGUCUGCAGCACAUCUGUCUAGAGCUGGAUGUGAUGUCAGGAAACUCUGCGGACUCCUUCUCAGACGACUCAGACGUGGAGGCGGAGAAGGUUAAGGAGAAGGUUAAGGAGAAGGUUAAAGAGAAGGUUAAGGAGAAGGUGGAGGAGAAGGUGGGGGAGGUGAAGAAGCAACCAGGUCAACCCCCCAGCAAGAAUAAAGCCCCUGCUCCCUCCUCGGUCAACCCCUCGCUCCCUGGUGCCCACAAGAGGAGGGUCAUUCAGCCCAAGUCCGGGAAGCGUGGGGUGCUGAAGCGGCCCUGGUCGGAGGCGGAGCGCAUCGCCGUGGAGACGCACCUGAAGAGGAACAUCAUGGAGCAGCGCGUGCCAGCCAAGGCGGACUGCGAGCGCUGCCUGCAGCUCUGUCCCCUGCUGGUCAGCAACCAGCGAGACUGGAGAGCCAUCAAGUUCUACUGCCACAACCGCAUCCAGCUACUGAAGAAGCAAGGCAGGAGGGAGAGGGCAGGGAACUCUGUUAGAUAGAGAUGGGAGAGAGCGAGAGAACUGACUUCAACCAUCUGGAGUGACCCUAUUCUAGUCCUGGAGAAGUGCAGUCUGCUUGUUUUUCGUCCGAAUUUACCUGACCUCUGACCUGACCUUAAGAGGUCGUUCCUGGGACUAGGUGUGCACCAUCAGUCCUAGCCCUGUAGCCCAGUAAUGCAGUGUUGUCUUCAUCAAGAGUCAAGGAGAGAAUUAACUGGGAUUAGUUGAAAUGUCUCCUCUGACCAGGGGACAUAUCCACAUAGUGUCUCAAAAGGGGUCUAGGAAUCCUGUUAAAACUGAGUUUUUAAGACCAAAAAAAAGCCUCCCAGCUCACAGUAGGUUUUAUGAUGUUAAGACACUGAACAGACAAACUCUGAACCAGGAGUAAAAUCAACUCCUAAAAAGGGUUCAUCUCAGCUGGUCGUCACGACAGUUUGAGGUACCGCAAAGGAAAGAUGGUGAUGAGUCUCAUCGUUGUAAAUUAUUGGAAAUAACCAAUCACGAAGAGGCAUGGCCAGCUGUGACCUGUAUAGCACAUUUUCAGACACCCAGAUGAAUGUGACUUUACAUCAAAUGUUGCAAUGGUAAAACACUUGGUAUAAUUUCUCUGACACGAUCACUUUGCCUAACUCCUAAUUAUUGCCUAAUAUGUUGGCAUGCAUAACCUUCUUCUUUAUUUUUAUUUUUUUUACCAAUUCUGAUGUUUUUUUUAAAAAGCGUGAGUUUUAGAAUAUGGUCGCUAAAACUCUGAACUCCUGGAUGAUUACUCUAAAUGUAUUUUGUACAGUACUGUAGGCAUCACGUCUCUUACUGAUAAUGUUGCAUUAAAACCUGUCAUUUUCAACACCCAAUCAAAGUUAACAUAGGCCCUAAAUACCUUCAGUGGCCCAAUAUUACUUAGGCAUGUUAUUUAACAGUGUUGCAGGCAUUCAAAUGAUCAAGACACCUGCCGGUAACUCUUAACUGGUGAGGUCAGAUCAUGAGGUCUCUUAAAUAUCUGUCAACUAGUUUAGGUUUAAUGCCUAGCUUUUAUUUUUUAUUUUUUUUUACCCCGUAAGAGUAGGAGUAAAAUGUCUCUAUUCUCAGCACUUACGACACAUUUUCUACUCCUGAGACGCUUUGUGGAUACGGGCCCUGGAUUACGAAACAACAGUCCUAGAAGUUCCUGGAGAAUCCCGAGUUUUAAAACCCUUGUUGUUAUUUCAAUCUGUUGGGACAGUAUACAGGGAAAUGACUGAGAAAGUGAGGGAGUUCAGAGGAGUGGACCUCCACCUCCACUGAAAGCUGAAGACCAAAUGUGAAUAUUACGUUGUCUUUACAGAGAUGGAGGAAGAAACACAUGGAUUAAAGAGCUUAAGGAGCUGUUUGAUAUGGAUAACUGACUGUCAUAUGGAUUAAACCAAUAUGACCCCCCCCCCCCCCCUAGAAUGAGCAUACAUGUCAUAUGGGAGGAGCUGUUUGAGUCAUGUCAUAUGGGAGGAGCUGUUUGAUUCAUGUCAUAUGGGAGGAGCUGUUUGAUUCAUGUCAUAUGGGAGGAGCUGUUUGAGUCAUGUCAUAUGGGAGGAGCUGUUUGAUUCAUGUCAUAUGGGAGGAGCUGUUUGAGUCAUGUCAUAUGGGAGGAGCUGUUUGAGUCAUGUCAUAUGGGAGGAGCUGUUUGAGUCAUGUCAUAUGGGAGGAGCUGUUUGAUUCAUGUCAUAUGGGAGGAGCUGUUUGAGUCAUGUCAUAUGGGAGGAGCUGUUUGAUUCAUGUCAUAUGGGAGGAGCUGUUUGAUUCAUGUCAUAUGGGAGGAGCUGUUUGAGUCAUGUCAUAUGGGAGGAGCUGUUUGAGUCAAGUCAUAUGGGAGGAGCUGUUUGAGUCAUGUCAUAUGGGAGGAGCUGUUUGAUUCAUGUCAUAUGGGAGGAGCUGUUUGAUUCAUGUCAUAUGGGAGGAGCUGUUUGAGUCAUGUCAUAUGGGAGGAGCUGUUUGAGUCAAGUCAUAUGGGAGGAGCUGUUUGAGUCAUGUCAUAUGGGAGGAGCUGUUUGAUUCAUGUCAUAUGGGAGGAGCUGUUUGAGUCAUGUCAUAUGGGAGGAGCUGUUUGAGUCAUGUCAUAUGGGAGGAGCUGUUUGAUUCAUGUCAUAUGGGAGGAGCUGUUUGAUUCAUGUCAUAUGGGAGGAGCUGUUUGAGUCAUGUCAUAUGGGAGGAGCUGUUUGAUUCAUGUCAUAUGGGAGGAGCUGUUUGAUUCAUGUCAUAUGGGAGGAGCUGUUUGAGUCAUGUCAUAUGGGAGGAGCUGUUUGAGUCAUGUCAUAUGGGAGGAGCUGUUUGAUUCAUGUCAUAUGGGAGGAGCUGUUUGAGUCAUGUCAUAUGGGAGGAGCUGUUUGAUUCAUGUCAUAUGGGAGGAGCUGUUUGAUUCAUGUCAUAUGGGAGGAGCUGUUUGAGUCAUGUCAUAUGGGAGGAGCUGUUUGAGUCAUGUCAUAUGGGAGGAGCUGUUUGAUUCAUGUCAUAUGGGAGGAGCUGUUUGAGUCAUGUCAUAUGGGAGGAGCUGUUUGAUUCAUGUCAUAUGGGAGGAGCUGUUUGAUUCAUGUCAUAUGGGAGGAGCUGUUUGAGUCAUGUCAUAUGGGAGGAGCUGUUUGAGUCAUGUCAUAUGGGAGGAGCUGUUUGAUUCAUGUCAUAUGGGAGGAGCUGUUUGAGUCAUGUCAUAUGGGAGGAGCUGUUUGAUUCAUGUCAUAUGGGAGGAGCUGUUUGAUUCAUGUCAUAUGGGAGGAGCUGUUUGAGUCAUGUCAUAUGGGAGGAGCUGUUUGAGUCAUGUCAUAUGGGAGGAGCUGUUUGAUUCAUGUCAUAUGGGAGGAGCUGUUUGAGUCAUGUCAUAUGGGAGGAGCUGUUUGAAUUCAUGUCAUAUGGGAGGAGCUGUUUGAUUCAUGUCAUAUGGGAGGAGCUGUUUGAUUCAUGUCAUAUGGGAGGAGCUGUUUGAAUUCAUGUCAUAUGGGAGGAGCUGUUUGAUUCAUGUCAUAUGGGAGGAGCUAUGGAUAAGUGACUGGCGUGAACUCUAACCAUUACCAUUAGCUGUGUUUUUAACAGUGUCGAUCAAAGUAUUGGACCAUGAUGCACCAGUGAACUUGUUCACGCACAACUCUGUACCACGGUUUCAGUUAAAACGGAUAUGAAACAAGGCACGCAUACUUUACAUUGUUUGUCAUGUCUUGUUUUUAUUUUAUUUUAUAUAAUUUGUAGUCAUUUUACUCGACAAUAUAAUGUGGUCUUGUUAGUAACAAAUGUAAAUACGUGUUAAUCAAGAAUGAAAUUUGAUGUAGUAGUGGUUCUAAAGUUGGUCGUAUUGUGCUAAGGUGUACAUAUUGUAAAUACCGCAUUUUGAAGUGUUUUCUGAACCACAAAUUGUAACGUGAUAUUUUGCACUAUGGUAACAGAAGUAACAAAAAAAGGUUAUCUGCAGUACUGCAAAAACAAAAUAAACUAAAAAAAAAAUCUGAA